UGCGGACCACCUCAACCGGCAUCGUUCCGCGCUUUGGCAGAAUGUAUCGCUAAUCGUAUGUUAGCUCGCCACAGAUGUGCCGACACGCUAUAUACCGCCUUCGAAAGAAUGGACCCUUACUAUUCGCAGACCGGUGCGUUCCAGUCUUCACCACCUCAAGAUGUCAACUGGAGAGCGCGACGAGGAGAAGCACGCAGCAACAUCACAUCGUGCUGCCGAUGGCGAAACUGGACCAAGCGACAAUGCCCAGACCUUGCACAAGAAGACCAUCGGCCGGCCAGCAUGCUUCAACAACACUUUCCAAGAAGUGCUGUUCGUGCUAGCGGCUACUAUGGCUAUUGGCAUGUCUUCGUUCUUCGCAGGCACGGUGACAGUCAUCUCUAGCUUCAUUGGCCGAGACCUGGACAUGUCGACUGCCGAGAUCACCUGGAUCUCCUCCGCGAGCUCUCUCAGCAGCGGUGCUUUCCUGCUCUUCUUCGGCAAGAUCGCUGACCUGUUUGGGCGCAAAUUGCUCUUUGUGGGCUCGCUCUUCCUAUUUUCGGUCGUGUGUCUGGGAGCCGGCUUCUCGCAAACAGCCAUCCAAGUCGAUGUCCUAUCAGGAGUUCUGGGCCUCUUCAGCGCUUCUGCUGUUCCGCCUGCUGUCGGACUGCUAGGUGUUGUCUAUGAACAGCCCAGUAAGAGGAAAAACUACGCGUUCGCAUGCUUCUCGGCUGGCAAUCCGCUGGGCUUCGUCGCGGGUACUAUCUUUGGCGGCAUUGCGACAAGCAUAUUCAACUGGAGAGCAUCUUUCUGGCUGCUUGCGAUCAUCUUCAUCGUCUUUACAGUCAUCGCAUGCUUCUGCGUGCCGAAGGACUUUACUGACAAGGAGGACCUGAGCUGGGAUACCGUCAAACGCUUCGAUCUUGUGGGCACGAUCCUAACCGUGGGAGGAAUUGGCAUGUUCUCUGCUGCGCUAUCACUGGGAGAUACGGCAGCAGAGGGCUGGAAGACCAACUAUGUGCUUGCCCUCCUGAUCGUAGGGCUGUUGCUCAUCAUCGGAUUCGUCUUCUGGGAGCUCUACUUUCCAUAUCCGCUGAUGCCCAUGACGAUCUGGAAGGACCGCAACUUCACUCUGGUUCUCAGCAUACUCAUGCUUGGUUUCGUGGCCUUCACACCUGCCGCCUUCUUCGUCGCAUUGUACUUCCAGACUGUAUGGAGAAUGGGCGCUCUGCAAGUUGCCGUGCACGUCCUGCCGAUGGCGAUUAAUGGCAUCAUUGUCAAUUGCUUCGCCGGGUGGGCACUGAACCGCAUUUCAAACAAGCUACUGAUGGGCAUCGGCGCUGCUGCUUACACCAUUGCUUGCCUUCUGUUCGCCAUGAACCGGAGCAGCGACUCGUAUUGGGCAUUUUGCUUCCCGGGACUUGUUCUCAUUGUCGUCGGAGCUGAUUUGGAGUUCAACGUCGCCAACAUGUAUGUCAUGUCCUCGAUGCCGCCAUCGCAGCAAAGUACCGCAGGAGGCAUUUUUCAAACUGUUACCAAGCUGUGCAUGACGAUUGGCUUGGGUAUUGCGACAGCUGUUUUCAAUGCGCAAAAGCGGGAGCCAACCAUGUCAACUUACUGGGACACUGAGACACAACCCUAUGCUGCGGUCUACUGGAUGGCGACCGCUGCCGCAGGAUUGAGUGUGUUCCUUGUGCCAUUCUUGACUAUUGGGACGCAGGGCAAUACGCAGAGCAAAGCAGAGGACAUACUGGAAGAGAGCGAGCCUGUGACGCCUGUGGCCGAAGCGACAAAGAGUGGCUGAGGCAUCGAAUCUGAUGAACGAAAGGCAGAAAGACAUCACUCAUCAGAAGUUCCAUGAUGCAGCAGUUCGACACGCGUCCCACGGCGACUUGCGCCGGUGCGUACACAGGCCAGAACUAGCGUACGAGGUAUACGAGACUCGCAGCCUAGCAUCGCCAAGAAGAGGAUCGGAAUGCUGACGCAGCAAUGGCUGCAUGUGUACAACAUAGGCGCUGGAGGCACAGCAUACCACAAGAGGCCUGGGCAACAGCAUUGGAACAAUGGUAAAAACAUCAACACUAUUGUUGUUGUGGUUUCACAGUUCGCAGUCCAAAUAGGCUCACCAAGGUUCGAUCAACACGAUGGUGGUCCUUGUCCUUGUCCGUAAGACGGCAGAAGCCGACGAGCCUCAAUAGAACUUCAUCUGGUAAAUAGUGUCAGACAAGCUCUUCAU